AUGACCACAAAAUGACAGUUGAUGUGUUGGGAUGUAGGUUAUAAUAGAAUCUAUUUUUGUACUCGUUUGGACUAAUUUAAACAGACAUGUAAAUUCGAGAACGCAAAAUGUCGCAAAUAAUGAUGAUAAUUGCUGCCGCCCAUCUGGUAUACUGCCCCUUUACCAAAGUAGAAGAAAGUUUUAAUUUGCAGGCUAUGCACGACAUUUUAUAUCAUAGAUGGAAUCUGAGUCAGUAUGACCAUCUAGAGUUUCCUGGAGUCGUGCCACGAACCUUCAUAGGACCCUUAUUUAUUUCAUUAAUUGUUUCUCCCGUUGUGUUUGUCUUGCAAAAUUUCGAAAUUAGUAAAUUUUGGGCUCAAUAUAUAGUUCGCUUUGCCUUGGGAGGAUGUGUGAUCGCCAGUUUUCAUGUUCUGUCUCAAACUUUAUGCAAAAUCUUCGGGCCAAAGUGGUUGCAUUGGUUUAUGGCAAUCACUGUAACCCAAAGUCAUUUUAUGUUUUAUCUGAGCCGCCCUUUACCUAAUAUAUUUGCCCUACCUCUUGUUUUAUUUGCUUUGAACAGUUGGCUCAAAAAUGAUAGUAAACAAUUUAUACUGUUCUCAGGAGCUGCGGUGAUUAUUUUUAGGGCUGAGUUAGUGUUAUUUUUGGGGUUACUACUUCUUUAUGAUUUAUUAUAUAAACGAAUUACUAUUAAACGACUUUUUCAAUUGGCUGUUCCUGCAGGGAUGGCAUUUUUAUCACUGUCUGUUAUAGUGGAUUCCAUAUUUUGGAAUCGACCAUUGUGGCCAGAAGGUGAAGUUUUGUGGUUUAAUGUAGUGUGGAACAGAAGCUCAGAUUAUGGUACUUUACCAUUUAUGUGGUAUUUUUAUUCAGCCCUUCCUCGAGGAAUGGCUGCGUCAAUAUUUCUAGUUCCUAUAGGCUUUUAUCUGGACGAUCGCGCAAGGAAGUUAUGCAUUUCAGCAAUCCUAUUUGUAUUUUUAUAUUCAUUUUUACCACAUAAAGAGCUUCGAUUUAUCAUUUACAUUUACCCAUUUUUGAACGUGGCAGCGGCAACAGCUUGUCACAGAAUCUGGGAAAAUAGAAAUAAAUCACCAAUACAUCAUCUACUGUCGCUGGGAGUGUGUGGUCACUUGGUGGUUAACGUUUUAUUCACCUUGUUCUUGCUGAGUAUUUCGGGAACGAACUACCCUGGAGGAACUGCAAUUUCACACUUACAUCGCUUAGCAAAAGACGACCACAACGUAAGUGUACAUAUUGCUAAUCUUGCAGCCCAGACUGGGGUUUCGCGAUUUACUCAAGUGAAUCCAAAUUGGACAUAUAAUAAGCAAGAACAUUUAAAACCAGGCAGCCCCGAAAUGUUUGAAUACACUCAUCUAAUUACUGAAGCCAAAAGCAAAUUCUCUCCAAACUUAAAACCAUACACUGCAACUCAUGAUGUAAUUGACAGUGUUGAAGCUUUUCAUCAAAUAUCGUUCAACUAUUUCUCUAUUCCACCCAUAAAAAUUAAGACAAGACCAGUAUUGUUUAUCUUGAAAAGGAGGGAUAAUUAUAAGGAUUUUUUAAAUUUGGGGAAUUAUACCGAAAAUAGUUUUGCUGAAGACGAUGAUCCGGAAUCACAGGAAGAGUUUAAAUCGCACGAAAUAGAUACAAAAACUGAAAGUGAAGAGUUAGAUAAGACAAAUGAAUAUGAAGAGGAAAGAGCAGGUGUUGAUUCCAAAGAAAAAGUGUAUAAAUCCAGGAAUGAUGUUAACAUUUCGCAGACAAAUCGUGGCGAAAAUGAAGUAGCCGCGUCUAAGGAAAAUAACAAAAAUUCGGAAGUUUUAAUAACUCCCGAAAAGGUGGAAACUAGUCAGAAUGUUUCUAGUAAGAGUCCCGAGAAAAAACAGACGAUAGAGAUAGGAAAAAAGACGAAAUAUGGUACCGAAAAACGAUCUCUGGAUUAUAAUGUACGUCCGAAAGAAAUUCCGAAAAAAGAAAUUAAAAAAGUGGACACAAAGACAUUAAAUACGGACGAUAAGAAGUUAACACCACAAGUAAAAAAUGUUUUGAAACAAGACAAGAAUAUUACUGUUGAAAAGCAAACUGUUAAGAAAAACAUAAAAAAAAUAAUUCAGAAAUACAGAAGAAAAAAACAAGAUGAAGGAGAUGCAGACAAUUUUGAACAAAAAGGUCUGCACACCAAAGACUCCAUUAAAAAAAUAAUAGAAGAAGAAAAAGUAAAACAAGCCGAAGAGGAGAUUGCAAAAAUUCAGCAACAAAUCUUUGACAUUAUUGAAACCAGUCCCAAUAUCAUUAACAAAGACAUAAUUAAAGAAAAGUUGGACGAAACGAUUAAAAACGAACUAAGCAAUAUUGUAAAAACAAGUAAAAUAAGCGAUCCUCCGCGAAAAAAAGCCUUAGAGGAUAGAAAGAAGACGCGCGCAUUUGAAGAGUCUUCUAAAUGGGUUAAACCAAAGUUGCCACAUUUGCAUAAGUCGCUGGAUGAAAAAUCGAAAUUUGAUCAGGUUGAUGCAAAAGCGGUUGAUUUUUUUGAACCUUCAAAGAAUCAACCAAAAAAUGUAGCUGAUGGCGAAAAAAAUCGUGAGUCGAUUAUUAACGAAACUGAAGAUGGCGAAGCCGUUACGGAUGAAUCGGACAGUAAAGAUAAAUUUAGUCAAAUGUCUGAACGGUUUUUACAAGCUAGUAAAAAGAUUUCCGAUAUAAUGACGCUCAUUGAUGAAAUUGUGGAUACUAUGGAAAUAUCGGAAGAUAGUGAGGAAUGAUUGCAAUAUUUGUUUUCCUAAAAAUGGAUGCCGUUGUUUUGAGUUGUAAAUAAAUGUUUGUUUUCUUGUUG